AUGAAUCUUGGUUUUUUUUCUCUCUAGAGUAAAACAAUGGACAGAUGUUGGCAGUUUCUCCUCCUGAUGUGCCUUUCUGCAGUGGCUGAAUUCGGCGAAGCAAACGAUGCUCUGCUGGUCAAAAACUUGACAGAUGAGCUACUACAAGUCAUCCCUCCUAAUGACAAGUCAAAUGUUUCCAUUCUGGUGAUCAAAGGCAACCAGAUCACUUUGAAUGAGACGGACCAACAAGCCCUGACUACUUAUCCAACACUAGUUGAACUGUAUGUAGGUGAGAACCUUGUCACUACUGUGCCAGCCAACUUCUUCUCUGGGCUAUCACACCUGAGAGUCCUAUCUCUAAGCAGAAACAACAUCAGCAGUCUGGACCCUGAGGCUUUCUCUGGACUGGAUGUUCUAGAAGAGCUGGACCUUUCCGACAACAAGUUGACAGAUCUCUGUGACAAGACAUUCACUAAGUUAAAAAGUCUAAAGAUCCUGCAUCUACAAGAAAACCCCUGGAACUGUUCCUGUCCUCUGCUUGACACCAUUGGAAGGAUAAAAGAAGCAAAUAUCCCUUUUGGGGGGCCAAAUGUCACCUGUGCAUCUCCAGCAGAGCAGAAAGGAAGAAAUCUCCUGGAUUCUAUAAAUCUUUGUUCUACAUCAUCACCAGUCACUGCGCAUACGGACCAUAAAUCUCCAACACCACCAGUCACCUCUCAACAUUCUAAAGAAAUCAACAGUACGCCAACAACCACUUCAACAAGUCAGAAUUGUACCGUCAGCAAAAGUCAGAAACCUUUGUCUGGACACACAUGGAAGUUCACAGCCUGUGUUGCCGCCUUGGCCCUGACCACCUGCAUACUCAUCCUCACUGCCAUCAAAGGACCUUCCUGGUACAAAAGCUUCCACAACUACAGACAUCGGACACUGGUUGAAGACGAUGAAGAAGGGGACCAGGACACCAUGACAACUGAGACAGGAGGGUGCGACAGACAGCAGACGUUCACUUUUGAGGAACUGAGUCAUCGGAUACAGGAACAAGAGGAGGACGGAUAUUUUGAGGAUCCAUACAUCAAAAGGAUGGAGGAUUCAGAGGAAGAGAUACAAUGAGGAACAAAAUCUCACUGAGGGGCUGGUAUCAAAUUAGACUGAAUCUAUACAUUUUAGAUCUAUAUAUGAUUGUAUGUAGUUGUUUACAUAAGCUAAAGAACUAGCUUAUGUAAACUAAGCUUGUUGUUUAGCUUUAAUAUACUGUGAAGAAUUAUUGUUUGAGGUUUACUGAUCCUUCUCCAUGUCACCGUGUCUGAUUAAAUGAGCAGUGUAGUCAUGUUAAGAACAGGGUAUCUGCAGGUUUAGGCAAAUCAAAUUCAAGACUUUUAAAAACCUUUUUAAUGCAACAUUGAAUAAUAUUUAAGACCAAAAUAACUAGAAAUAUAUUUUGCUUGGGGGAUCCUGGUGUAUUAUAAUCAAACGUAGCAAAAAUAAUGACAUUUCUGGGGUUUGUUUGUGUUUCUUGGUAGCAGCUUUGUGCUUCUCACGCUGCUUAUGGCUCUCUACAGCUUUAACCCCCUUAAUGCCAAGCUUCAAUAUUUCUUUGGCACAAAAUGCACUGACACUCGUGUGAGUUAGCAACAGAAGUGAGCCAGUGGCAAAAAUGAACAUCAUCCAUCCAACUGAUUAUAAAUUUGCACUUAUAUGUGACUGAUACUGAAAUGCUAGAGCUUGGUAAGCAAGGGUAAAUUAACAGAUAGUUAGUGGUAGCCUCAAAUUAAGUAGGACUGCCAUGACAAAAUUUAAGACUUCUAAUUAAUGUCUUUAAUUCAUAAAACAUUUAUUUUAUGGAUUAAAAUCUAUUUCCUAUCAACUAUCAGCACAUGCUUGCUUUGAAGAAAUCAGCUGGGCUUUCUUAACCUUGAUGUAACUUUAUUCUAUUAGUUAUGACUGAAUAAGAAUGCAUGUAUCCAAUCUGAAUGUAUGUAUGUAUAUAAUUAGAAUUGCAUAAAUCAUGUUUAUUUUUUUAUAUAUUUCUAUAUGAUGCGAUAUGAAUUUGACCCAUAUGUCUUGAAAGUGGCUUUAGAUGACUUAAACAGUGCUGUGGCUAUGAUUGUCCACUCCUGCAAUUCAUUAAAACAUCUAACUACCAGGA